GAGGCGCCAGGGGCCCGGACGGAGGCGGCUGCCAGCACGGUGAAGCGGCUGACGCCCGCGCCGCGGCCCAGCCUGCGGAGGCGCGGGGCCAGCGGGGCCCGGGCGAGCACCGCGCCGAGUGCACCGACCGCGGGCGCCGGCGGCGGGCUCGGCCUCGGAAGCGAGGCCGACCUGCCCCCGAGGGCCAGCGACGACGAGCGGACGGAGCUGCGCGCCGAGCUGCUGAGGCCGCUGGCAGAGGCGGGCCCGCGGUGCCUCGUCGGGGGCGCCUCGCUCCUCGUGAGCAGCAGCGGCGCCUCGGUGGACGCGCUGGACGCCGCUCUGGAGGUGCAGGACCUCAGAACGCGGCUGGCGAGCAUGGAGCGGCAGUACCGAGAAGUCGCGUCUCAGCUAGAGGCCAGCCGCCACAACCACUACCUGGCGCUUCGCGGCACCGCCGCGCACGAGGAGGCAGCGCAGAUGCGACCUGUGCGGGAGCCAGCUGCGCCUGCGCUGGUGUGCCAGGGCGCCCGCCCCGUUUCGCAGAGGGCGCCACAGAGGGGCCGAGCAGAGAAGUUGGAUGCGAACGGCCUCCCUCUCAGCCUGGACCCGACAAGGGUACCCUUCUGUUUGAACUACCUGAAGCGUCAGCUCGUCCAGUGCCAGCGAGAUUUGCGCCAGAGCCAAGCUGAGAUCCGCGAGCAGCGCGGGGAGCUUGACGCCUGUCAUGCCGAGUGCCGCGAGCAGCGCCAGGAGCUGGAAGCCAGCCGACAAGAGCUCGCAGCCUGCCAGGCUUUGCUCAGGGACGUCAGCAGCCGUUCCCACAGCGUCCAGGAUGCUCGGCAGCGAGACUUCGACAGGGCGCUGCAGGAGCAGCGGCGGGAGGUGCAGCAGCUGCGGGAGCUGCAGUCGCAGCAGCUGCGCGAGCACGAGCUCGAGCUGCAGGAGCUGCGGCAGCAGCUGCAGCAGCAGUGCGGCCGGCAGCUCCAGCCGCGGCCAGCGCCGCACCCAGGCGAGCGCCGUGGGCGGCCGCAGGAGCAGCACCAGGUGCAGCCGCAGCAGCAGGCUUCGGAGGAGGACAGGCCGCCGGCCGCGGCGCCGCCGCCGGGAGGCGUCGGCUCGGACGCGCCCGCCCCCGAGCGCCCGCGCCCGACUGCCCCCAGCCCCAGGCGGAGCACCUCCGAGCCCGUGCUGGUGGACGGGGCGGCCCCAGCGAGCUCGGGCUCCGCGCCCGCGCGUCCGCCGUUGCCGGGGGGGCCGCUGCAGCGGGACUUCGCGGCGCCCGCCGCCGCGGCCGAGCCUCCUGCGCCGCCCGCGCACGUGGCAGCGGCACAGCCGACCGAGGCGGACGUUCGCGGUGGCAGAACGCGAGAGGUGUGCUUUGUGGACGCCUUGGAGGAGGAGGAGGAGGCGGAUGAUGAUGAUGAGGAGGAGGAGGAGGAGGAGGAGGAGGAGGAGAAGGAGGAGGAGAAGAGUCACGAGGAGGAUGCUGGCAAGAGCUCGCAGUCGCUCGGAAAAGCGUCGCCUUGGUCAAAAGUCAGAGGCAUCGCCGCCGACGCGGCUCACCAGAAGCUGCAAGGCAGGAGGUCCCAGGCGGCCAAGCACGCCUCGGAGGCAGCUAUCAUGGAGCGCGGGCUGGCCUCGCUGAUGGCGCGGUGGCAGGCGGCGGGCCAGGCGCACCAGGAGCCCGCCAGCCUCACGACCCAGCGCUUCUUUGAGGUGGUGGAGAGCUGCCUGAGGGGCAUGGAGUUCAGCCAGCGAGUGACAGAGCUGAUGGACAUGCAGGGCCCCGACGAGUCACACGCCAGGGAAGAGGAGGAGCAGGACGUCAGCGCGGUGAUGCUGAAGCAGUACGACGCGGCGUUCCAGAGCGCUGGGGGCCAGGAGAAGGCGGAGCCCUACUUCGACCGGGUCAAUCGACUCUGCCGGCUGCUGCGCGAGGCUAGGCCAAUCGAGCGCGGAAGGCAGGAUUGCAGCUACGAGAUCCUCGGCAUGAGCGCUCUGUACAGCGCCACUGCGACGCCGCAGCUGAAGCUCAUGCGCGAGGUGAGGCGCAUCGCGCUCGAGUCGGGCGGGGCUGCCUUGUGUCCGGACCUGAAGGGGCGCGAUCGGGCGCGGGCGAAGGCGCUCACGAAGUACGGCAACGACACCGCUUGUUUGACUGACCUGAUGCGCGCUUCCAUCGUCUAUCCUGACAUCGACUCCCUGUACGAAGCGUUCGUCGACAUACUCGACGACGACCUGCAUCGCUACCGGACCGACUGGCACCUCGUCGAGGUCACCGACAGGUUCCAGAAGGUGCGGGACGGGUACCGCGAUAUCAGCAUGCUCUUCAGGGCUGACGGCAUGGUCGGCGAGGUCCAGCUGCACGUCGAGAACAUCGUGAAUGCCAAAAAGGGCGGAGGACAUGCACACUACAGGAAGCAGCGCCUGGUAAAUGAGCUGAUGUUCGAGGCGUGCGUGCUCAAUUUCGAAGUGCAGGUAAUGAAGCUAGCGAGCGAGUUCCAUUCCUGCGCUGCCACGGUCUGCGACAAGAACGGGCGCACCGCUUUCCACUACAGCUGCCAGCACGGCUCCAACAAUGCUGUCCGCGUGCUCCUCGUCAACAAGGCGGAUCCCUGGAAGGCCGACAGCGGGGGGCUCCUGCCCUUCGAGCUGGCCAUGGUGGGCGGCCACUUCGAGACGAUGGAGCUGGUGCUGAACGCCAUGAAGGAGGCGCAGCCCUGCGACCCGCGCCAGGCGACCCGCUUGGUGGAGAACGGCUUCCUGGUCUGGGUCGACCGCAGGAUCCACGACGACGGCCAGCACGCGGCACCUCGCCCGAGGGCCUCCAACCCUGCCCUCGCGCUCAUCGCUGGCGUGACAAAGGAGCCUCAGCAGGGGUCGACACGUGCGAGCUGGGUGAGGGUCGGGAAGCUGCUGAUGGAGGUCAUCACCGAGCACAAGGCACGGAAACAUCUGGACACGUGGUUCACGAAGAACGCUGCAGCUGGCAACACACUGCAGGUGCUCGCCACGCUCGAGGCAGGCUUUGAUACGUGGGUGAAGCCAGGCACGCCCUCAGCGAUGGACAGGGCCAUCGAGGGCGGCCACGUGGAGCUCGUCACCAAGCUCGGAGAGUGGCUGGAGGGCAAUCCUGGCGUGAGGUGCCUACAUGUAAGUUCCAGGGAGAGCGUGCACUCGCACCUGAAGCGCGCCGCGCAGCUCGCCGAUCCAGCCGUCGCGACCGCCGCGCUGGCGGCGAGGGCGGACCCGAGCCACACCAAGGCUCGGGCGGCUGGGUGGCGAACGCCACUGAUGGCCUUCGCCGCUGCUGGCGACCUGGUCAUGUGCAAGAGGCUGAUCGAGUUCAGAGCUCAGGCGGCUGGAUAUGACGGCCACGGCUGCAGCGCCUUGGACUACGCACGAUCGCUGGAACAGCGUCACGUCGAGGAGUACCUCAAGGAGCUGGACUCGUUCCCCGAAAUGCCCUUCCGGAAGGCGAGCGAGCGCGGUGGCAGGGAGCCGCUAGACCUUGGAAUGUACGUCUGCGGAGCGGUGCACGAUGGCUGCUGCGGGGCAAUCUCGCGCGUGUCCACGGCGCUGGCUGGGGCAGAGGAGGGCUCCUUCAAGCAGAGCAGCAUUUCGAACGAGUGCUCGACUGCUGCUUCGGCCCCUUUCAGACCCCGCUGCUGCACCUCGCCGUGCGGGCAGUGGGCAAGGACGGCCAGGACCCCGCGGCGCAGGUCUGCGCCGCGCUGCUGCUGGCCCGCGCCGACCCGACCAGGCACGACGGCCGGGGGGAGUCGUCGCUGUAUGCGGCGGCGACGCUGGGUGACGAGCGCCUGCACGAGCUCCUUCUGCAGGCGGUGCCAGAGGGCAGCGCGGAGGUCCUCACGCCGACGCAGGGCUCGGGGGCGGGCCAGUCCUCCCGGGACCUGCUCCACUUCAGCGUGCUGA